AUUAUCAUGGAACAAAGAAGAUAACACAUUAUCUAUGAGUUCUUUGGUUAAUGCUACAAAUGUAGAAUGGUAUUAUGGUGAAUCAUAUUUUAAGAAUGCACUUACCAUUCAUCCCUAUUCUCAACUGGAUCAAUGUUUAGCUGCUCCUUUGAAAGAGGGUGAUCCUGAUUUAACAUAA